AUGAAUGACCUCAACCAGACGGUAGUUGCCGAAUUCGUGCUGAUCGGCUUUCAGAGCCUUCACAAGCUCAGAAUCGUUCUUUUCACCAGUUUACUCUUAAUUUACAUUGUCAUUUUCAAUGGAAAUGUUUUCAUCUUUAGUUUGGUGCCGGCGGUUAGUCACCUCCACACGCCCAUGUAUUUCUUUCUAAGCAACCUCUCUUUAUCGGAUGUGCUAAUAACUUCCGACCUUGUACCCAACAUGCUCCGAAUACUGUGGACGACGCGGGGAAAUAUCGCCGUCUCCAGCUGUAUCCUUCAGUUCUACGUAUUUGGUUCUCUGACCGCGUUGCAGUGCUUGCUUCUGACCGCCAUGUCUUACGACCGUUAUCUCGCUAUUUGCCAACCUUUAAGAUAUCCUUCCAUCAUGACCUCUGAACUUUGCCGAAACCUCAUCAUUUUCUCCUGGAUAGUCGGUUUUACUCCCACAUUCCCAGUGGCGACUUGCCUAUCCAAGCUCCGCUUCUGCCACCUGAACGCCAUUGACCACUUCUUCUGCGAUCUGGCUCCCUUCCUGGACUUGGCCUGCUCAGACGUUUCUACGGUCAAACUGUUGGCCUUCUCCUUCUCGUUCCUCGUCACCUUCUUCCCGUUUCUCUUCAUCGUGGUGUCCUACACUUCUAUCAUUCGAAGCAUCCUCGGGAUAAAGUCGGAGAACGGUAGGCAGAAGGCCUUCUCAACCUGUAGCUCCCACCUGGCCGUGGUGUCCUUGUACUACGGAACUCUCUUCAUUCUGUACGGUGUCCCCUCGAAGAAACGGUCUCUAAAUGUUAACAAGAUUUUAUCUCUCUUAUACACCGUUGUGACGCCAGUCCUGAAUCCAGUGAUCUAUUCCCUUAAGAACCAGGAGAUUGGCAGAGCGGUUGCAAAAGUUCUAAGAAGAAGAAGAAGAACACCCAAGUGACCUAUGACCCCUCCGAUC